GACAAAUGUAGUGCUUUGAGAGCUUUGUUGGAAUUGGUGGCCGGAUGGCGUUGGAGGGCGUCCGUGAAUAUUGACUCAGACCGGGUAUAUUAAAUAAUGGAUGGUCAGAAGUUCUGCCUCAAGUGGGAUGGGUUCCAGAGCAGUGUCACCUCUCUGUUUGACCACCUCCGACAAGAUGAGGAGCUGGUGGACAUCACCCUGUGCUGUGAGGGCCAGAAAGUCAGGGCACACAGAAUGAUGCUGUCUGCAUGCAGUCCAUACUUCAGGGAUCUCCUCAGAAACAACCCAUGCCAGCAGAUGGUGUUCUUCCUGAAGGACACGUCGGCCGCCGACCUGCUGGCCAUCAUCGAGUUUAUGUACAAGGGCAGUGUGAACGUGGCCCAGAGCCAGCUGGCCAGCUUCAUCAAGACGGCGGAGAUGCUGCAGAUCCGCGGUCUCAGUGGGGAUGACGACAAGCCGUCCCCGCCCACCGAGGGCCGGGCGCCGGCGGCCAGUCGGCCGCGCUCCGUCAAGGUGGAGAAGGUGGACCCUGAGGAGGAGGAUGACGGCGACGUCAGCCUGGACGCCACGCUCGGCUAUGUGGCCGAAUACGAGGGCAGCUACGGCGAGCCGGACCUCUCCGUCAGCGCCAUGGUGGCCGGCGGCGCCACGGCGGCAGCAGACGCCGGCUUCCGCUCACAGACGGACGCACGCGGCCGCUCCUCACCCUCUGGCCAACUGACGGGGCCCGCGGACCUGGUCAUGGCUCACUGGCCGGCUG